UUUGAGAAAGAAAGAGAGAGAGAGAAAGACGAAGUGGAGAGCUCUCUAAUGGAGGAACCUGGAUACUCCGAUUCAAUAUCUCCCAUCUCCGAACCACCAGAUAUCACGAAUUGGUUUCCCAGUUAUGUCUAUGAAUCGUUACCAUUGUUUUCUUCAAUCAAUGACACUGAAACCGAAGUAGAUGAUGUAGUGAACGAAGUUAAUCUUGGUGUUGUUACUGUCUCCAACAAAGAUCAAAAGCAGGUGAUUUCAGAUAACUCUGAAUCACUCCCUUCUGAACCUCCUGAUCUUGGCAAUUGGUUUUCGAGCUAUGUCUAUGAAUCGCCGUUGCUGGAUACAAGCGAUGGUUUUGAAUUGUCUGUUCCUGGAGAUAAUGUAUGUAUUGUAAAGGAGACCGAAACAGAAAAUGAGAUAACAGAUGUUGAAAGAAAUAAUGUUUGUCCUAGGUCAUUUGAUCAAGAAGAACUUCUCCGUUCUACAAAGAUACUAGACGGCAGAGAUCAUCUGAACGAGAGUACAAAUACAGAAAACCAGUAUCUGAAAAAGGUUACAGAUUUCUCUCAGUCAGAGUCUGUUCUUUCAGAGCCUCCUGAUGUCAGAAACUGGUUUCCAAGCUACGAGUAUCAUUCUCCUCAGCUUUCUGACACUCAUGAACUUGAAUUUUCUUCUCUUGGGAAAGAUGAGUUAAUCGUUGACGAGAGUGACACAGAGAACAAAGAUGGUUUCGGUAUUUUUCGAAAAAUUAAGAGCAAGCAAAAGACUGUUAGUCCUGGCAGCUUAAAUUCAAAUGUCUACAAGGAUGUCAUUGCCACAAAUACGGCCAAGGAAGGCUCCUCAGACAAUUCAUAUUCAGACCAGGGAAUGGAAAAGCAGUUCUCAGUUAGAUUGUUCAAUGCCUCAAAGAGAGAAGUGAAACGAAAAACAAGCUUCAAGCAGGAACCUUUAUGCUGUGAACCAAAAGAAGCAGAGUUUGACCCUGAAGUUUCCCGGUACAACCAUAAAUGUAAAUCACCCUCGAAGAACGAAGCUUCUUUACAUGAGCUGAGACCAAAUCAUAUACAAGAAACCAUUCCCAUGAACUCCAUCAUACAAAAGUCUCCAAAACACCAAGAAUCAGAUGACAAGGAAAAUGUUCAUGGACAAAGCACUGAAACUGGAUUUGUGACGACGAAAAAGGCAAGAUUCAGAGAAGCAAGAGACAAAUCUUCCACGGUGAAACCAAACACAAGAGUUCUGGUGGAAUGUUCGAGAAGUAAAGAUUUAAAGAAUAUCGCUGAAGAGGAAGACAAAGAGGAAAGAAAGAAGAGGAGAAGAGUUUUGGGAGAAAUGUCGAAUCAUCAGCCCUCUAGAGCAGAGGAGAUUGCAGGAAAAUGGCGUUGCCCGCAGAAGAGCAAAGGGAAUAUAGUUCCACCAUUGAAGCAGCUUCGACUUGACGCAUGGAUACAUAAAGUCUGAGUCUUUGAGUACUAGUCUUCACCAUUUCACCAAGAUUGUAUUGCAUUUUUCCCCCUCUCUUCUGUACUCCUCCACAUGUUAAUAUGUAUGUUGAGCUAACCAAAAGUAACCCGAACCAGAUCAGACGCAUUUAACCGGAAUUGAGAAUGAGCAUAGAUUUGGUACCGGUUAUGUCCCGGUACAGUAAUUAUGUAUUGUUUCAAAGACUAUGAUCUGAUGAAUCAUCACUGAGGAGGAUGAUAAGAAGCAAAUUAGUACUGAUCAAUUAAUUAA